UAUGAGAACGUACAUAAGGACGGUGGAAGGUUGUCGAGACGUCAGUUGAGUACCUUUGAAAGACGUCCAUCUCAACGUUAUGGUCCAAGACAGUCACUGGUUAAUCGUCGUGAACAAAUUCGAAAUGACGUAAAACAACAAGGUAUUUUUCCGAAUUUUAUUCCAGUUUUAUUCCAGGUGGCUGCCGCGGCUGGUCUAGCAAUUCCCGAUCUGGUUUCUACGGCACAAUCGUCACGACCUUGUCCUGACAAGAGGGUAAUCGAAGAGAGUCGGAUUGCACAUGAGCCACCAUCGAUCCUAGGUGCAAGACCUAAUCCGAGGCAGGAAUUGGUUGAUCAUCAAAAGGUGAUAAUAAAUCCGUCGUCAUCAAAUGGAAAUGUACUGAAACAACUGAACGAAUCACCAUCGAAGUCACGUCGUCCCAAUAUGAACCGUAGCGGUGAUGCCACUGCAAAUCAAGGUGUGCUAUUAUGCACGAGUGCAUGAUCUUAUCAUCAUUAUUACUUAUUGUGCAGUUUUGUUGAUAUUAUCUGUGAUAUUUGUCAUUAGUAUGAUCAUAUGAAGUGCAAACCGUCCGUUGCAUUUCUUGUUGUUGCUUUCACUCGGCCUCAUUUUGUUUUCACUUUAUUUUAUAUUUCAGCAGUUCGCUAUAAUUUUUAUUCUCACAUCACACUCGCACUAGUCGUUUAUCCAUAAAGAAUUUCUAGUCACGUUUUUUCGCAUUCUGAGGACUUCAUCUAAACUUUUUAACUUAAUAUCAAUCAACACAACUACUGACCAUCUGGAUUUGUGCGUGCAAUCGUUCACGGUAUCGGAUCAGUGCAAUGUGCCUUUAUUUUCAUUUCCAGAAGUGUUAUGCCUUUAAUGUUAUGAGUGUUAUGAGUUCGUCGAAGCCAUCCUGUUGUGCACCUGCAGCAAGUCUUUUCGAUGUGUAAUAUAAUAAUUAAUCAUUCAGCGUUACGAGUAUUCUUUUGAUGCAUCAUAUUUCAUGCGAUUUCACUUCUUUUUUUUUUUGAGACUGAAAACGAAUAAAU